AUGGGGUGGUUCUGGGGCUCGUCCGACGAUGCAUCGUCUAAUGCCAAUUCAUCCCAAGACCCUCUGCGCGAUUUGGACCCCAGCCUUCGAGACUUCCUCAAAAAGGAAUCGCCCGUGAAAUAUGAACCUUCAGCACCAACUACAUCUCAAGCCCCGGAGCCCAAACCUUUGGCACCAACGCCUCAGUCCGGAGAACAUGCAGAGCCGCAGGUGCCUCCGCAAUCCUUAUACCAAGAUGGCAGAUACGCGCAUUUAUGGAAGUCGUACCGACCGCUAGCCGAAGUUGAGGCAGAAGGGAAAACGGAUCAACAAAAGAUAAUGGAUGUACUGGAAGGCUACAAUCAUCGACGGGCCGAGAUUGGGAGGGUCGCGUUGGAAAAUUGUGCGUUGGAACAGCUGGAGGUCAGCGAUUGCUUCAGAACAGGAGGCUGGUCUGCAAAAACGACUAUGUGUAGGGCAGAGAAUAGGAAAUUUGAGAGAUGUUAUAUGAUGCAAGCGAAAUUUUUAAAAACAUUGGGCUACCUAUCAACCCUCGACCGCCCUCCAGAAGUUGACGAGAAAAUUCAAAUGCAUGCCGACACGUUAUAUCAUCGAAUGUUGGAGCAAGAGAAAGCUAUUGAGGAUGCGAAAGCCGAAGGAAAGCCUGUGCCUUCAUUCCCGCCUCUUCUGUCAGCACCGAAACCCAAGCUUGCAGAUGACGAUAAUCCGCAUAAGCGGCGAGUCGCCGAGAUUGAUGAUCUCAGAGAGAAGGUCCAAAAGCCGUUAAAGAAGAAAUUGGAGGGUCUGACGGGUUUGGAGCGGGAGUUAGAAGAGAGAGCAAUCAAGGCGGAAAUUGAAGCUGCUACUCAAGCUGCGGAGCAAUUAGACGUCAUCAACCGACAACAAGCUGAAGAACGGAAGAAGAGGCAGGAGCAGGGGCGAGAAACCGUUACCGACAGACUAAGGUCUUUAUGGAAUGGCAAAUGA